UUUUGCUCCGAGCAAGGGUCCGCGCGGGUUCCUGCCCCCAACCGCCGCGAAGGUGCGCUGCGGCUCGGGGCCAGCGCCCGGGAGCCUCUCUUGCCCGGGGCGCUGAACUGCCGCCUGCCGGGGGCUCUGCCUCUCCCGCUGCUCAGCCUUCGCGGUGCGGAAAAAGCAGAACUGGCAGAUCGGCUCCUGCUUCAAAAGUGCUUUUGGAGGCAAGCCGCAAUUUCCUCUUUGGGGCUGGUUUCCCCUCUUCUCUCGCUCCUUUCCUCCUUCGGACCAGAAGGGACGGAGCACCCGGCGGCGGCGGUCAGUGGCCACCGUGCAGCCCCAUCCGCGGAGCAAAGGUUUCUUUUUUAAAAAGAAGAUGGCUCCAUUGCCAGGGAAUGAGAGUUUAAAUGAAAACAGUGACCCUUUCCUGUUACCUUCCACUUCUGUCAGCUCUCUGAUCAUCUUCUCCAUCACCUUCCUCUUGGGCUUUUCUGGAAACAGCCUGGUCAUUUGGGUUAUUGUCCUGAAGAUGACGCAAACGGUGAACACAGUUUGGUUCCUCCACCUGGCAAUUGCUGACCUUGUCUGUUGCCUCUCUCUGCCUUUCUCCAUUGCUCAUCUGGCCCUCCAUGAGUAUUGGCCUUUUGGCUGGUUUUUCUGUAAGAUUAUCCCCUCAGCCAUUAUUCUGAACAUGUUUGCCAGUGUCUUCCUCCUCACCGCCAUCAGUAUUGACAGGUGUCUCCUGGUGAUGAAACCCGUCUGGUGUCAGAAUCACCGCACAGUAAGGUUUGCAACCAUGAUCUGCAGUGGCAUCUGGAUCCUCGCCUUCAUUAUGUGUUGUCCUGCCUUCUUCUACCGGGAGACGUUGGAAGAUGAAUUUGGCAAUAUCAAGUGUGUCAACAAUUGGAAUAUGGGGAAACAUGAUGAGUAUGAGUGGUUGGAUGAUCUGUUGACCAUAGAGAUGAUGCCCACUGAACAUCCCACCCUGGCAGCUGAAGGCAUCUAUGAGGGUAUUUUCACCAGUGGGAUUCUGGAUCCACGCCCUGCCUAUGCCAUUGUAAAUUCAACCAAAAGAAAUACAGCUUUGCCUUUGGGCGUAUCACAUCAUUAUGGAAUCGAGAGAGAGAGAGAUUUAUUGAUGACGGUUGUUACCCACCCUCCUUCUGGUCUCUACAAGUUUCCCAGAAUCCGUCUGAGUACACCUACAGCCAGUAUUUUUCAAUUAGAUGAUCAAUCUGCUAGUAAUCAUACAAUGGAAAUGAACUUCCAUGAUGAUUUCCCUAAAACCCAACUCCCCAGUGUCCUUGUAUCCAUCACCAUCACCAGAACUCUGUUUGGUUUUCUGCUUCCUUUUGCAGUCAUGACCACUUGCUAUACUCUGAUUGGGCAGAUGAUGUUCAAAAAACGCCUUGUGGGGCCUCGCAGGAAAGCUAUGCAGGUGAUUCUGCUGGUGGUUGCCACUUUCUUUCUCUGUUGGGCUCCCUACCACCUCAGUGGGGUGCUGUUCCUCCUGGCUCCCCCUCAAACACCAUUUCACCAGGCCCUGCUUUUGUGGGACAGCGUGUUCAUCGCGCUUGCAUAUGCCAACAGCUGCAUUAAUCCUCUUCUUUAUGUCUUUGUGGGACAAAAUUUCAGGGAAAAGGUCCGCCAGACGGUACAAGAGAUUUUUGAGGGGGCUUUUAGUGAACCCUCCUCACCAGUCUGUUCCCAGGACAGAAGCAAGACAACUACAGUUGACCAUGAUAUGGAGACUUCAGUCGUCUAAUGCAGGUCUGGGCAACCCAAACAUUGUGUGAAUUCUACAGUUGGGUAAGAGAGGGGAUAGUAGUUUGGAUUACAAUCUGCACUUCUUCCAGUAACCUUUUGCAUGUGUUUUAACUGGGUUAUUUUAAAUGGCUUAUACCUCUAGUGAUGAGAGAGUAUUUUUCAAAUAUCUUUUAGAUGUUUAAAAAAAGAUGAGUGAACACUCACCAAGAAGAUAUAUUUCUUCAAUUGCCGAUGGUCCUGCAAGAGUCCCGCCAGCUGCCUUGGAAAGAAAUCCAGCUCUUAUUUUUAAGCAAGCCCAGGCAACAUUCAGCACAGAGGAAGAUGCCUGUUCGCUUUAUUCAGCUGGGAAUUCAGACCCAGGACGCGAGGGUGUGCGGGAGCCAAAAGCUGUAGGAGUGAGGCCUCUACUUUUGCCCUGGGGCGCGAGAGGCCAAACGCCAACCUACAGUGCUGCAGCAAUUGGACUGGACGGCCACCAACAUGGAAGUUCACCUUGACCACUUCUGAUGGCUCCAUGCACUUCCUGCAAGAUGCACUUUCCAUUGAAACGCCUCAAAAUCUGAGCACUUGCAGAGGAGUUACAAGAACCCGUGUUAGUAUUGGCUUCAGGAUUUAAUAUUAGGAUGUGGAUGGGGCAGGGAGAAUAGUUUAAUACUUUAGGGGUAGUUUCUUUUUGUGUACUUUUGGGACAGGCAAAGUAUGCAUGAAAAAUAAACAACAUU